CAGAAGCUUUUCUCGUUGAGUGAAACCUUAAGUGGAUCGCGGCAAGACCUCAUGCUAUUGUGGGUUAGAUGAUCGUUUCGUCAAAUGUGCUGGUGGUAGCUAGAUUACUGCGUCAUUUGUUUGCUGGACGCUAGGACCAUCACAUUCGUUUGAAAUAUGCUCUUUCGCAGCCUCCCUUGCUGCCUCAUUUCUGAUGCGUCGGUGCUGCGAAAUCGCAGACGAUGUUUUUCGUUUUGGAAUUUGGGAACACAAGCUAAUAGCUCGCGUUUUGGACGGUUCGAGGUGGUUGAGCCAGGGAAGGUUUUGCCUGCCCAGCUGGUGCCAGAGCACAUCAAAAGUCCGCCGUGGGCUGACUCGGGCGCGCCUCCCACCCCGCCCAAUAUCGCCGAAUGCAAGACGGAAGACAGCAUACAAAAAAUGAGACGAGCAUGCAGACUGGCCAGCAAAAUACUGCAUUCAGUAAAACAUCUUGCAAAGCCGGGCGUGACCACCGAGGCGAUCGACCAGCUGGCGCACCAGCUGACGGUGGCGCACGGCGCCUACCCGUCGCCGCUCAACUACCGCGGCUUCCCCAAGUCGGUGUGCACGUCCGUCAACAACGUGGCCUGCCACGGCAUCCCGGACGACCGGCCGCUCCGCAGCGGCGACAUCGUCAACAUCGACGUUACGGUGUACCUGGACGGUCAUAACGGCGACUGUUCAGAGACGUACGCCGUUGGUGAGGUGGACGCACGCGGCCGGCGCCUACUGGACGUGGCCCGCCGCUGCCUGGACGACGCCGUUGCCCUCUGCAGACCCGGCAUGCCGUUCUCAGACAUCGGCGGGCGCGUCGAGACCACGGCCGCCUACGCCGACCAUGCGGUGGUGCCGGCCUUCAUCGGUCACGGCAUCGGCACGUACUUUCACGGACCGCCGGACGUGUACCACUGCUGGAACACGUACCCGGGAACCAUGCAGCCGGGCAUGACCUUCACCAUCGAGCCGGUCGUCACGCAGGGCGGCCGGGAGGUGGUGCUGCUGGAGGACGGCUGGACGGCCGUCUCGGCCGACGGCAGCCGCUCGGCCCAGUUUGAGCACACCGUUCUCAUCACCGAGGACGGCGUCGAGGUCCUCACCGGUCCGCCGCCACUGGCCGAGGACUGAGGAGCGGAAUGCGCCCGCUGCCCGUAUCGCUGAAGAGUCCAGUAUGGGUGGGCCGGCGGCAGCUGCCCUACAGGUUAUUCAGUGGGUCCGCUCGGCAGCCGGCCGGCGGCCCGCCGCCGAGCAGACCCACUGAACACCCUGCCUGCCUGGUCCAUUCCACUCCACUCCACUUCACCAGGAUGGACUGGUUUCGGUUUCGGCCGGGUGAAAGCGCCGUGAUGGCCGACCGGGCCGUGCGGCACCCUUGCGGACGGUUCAGGUCCGCAGAUCUGGGCGGAGUAGCGCGGCAGUUGGGCGGGUGGGCAGCAAGUGCCAAAACGCAUCAGGAAACAUCACGCCUAGUGCAUGUGGUGCGACAAUGUCCGCUUAGAUGACCUCACUCUAGCGAUUGGAUUGUCUACUUUUUACUCUGCUUCAUCGAGCGGGAUGUCUCAUAGCGCUAUCCAAUAUGCGGUGUUGUUGUCACAUAUUGGCCAUACGGCCGACCCACCGAUGCCAGAUACAGCUCCCAUGACGUCGACAAAA